CAAGCACACCGUCUUUGCUGCUCACCUCCCGCGACUGCUUCCCAAUUACUAACAAGAAGCCGAUGCUGUGGUGCCAGAUAAGAAAGGGUUUUCAGUAUCUAUACCCAUCCCUGUGCUUCUUGAUCUUCGGGAUUCAAGUGCCAGUCUAUCGGCCUCUCUCUCUCUCUCUCUCAAGCUUGUUUAGCUUCUGUUUGUUACUUUAGUUCUUGGCUGAUCCUGUCAUUGUGUGAAGAGUCUUAGGGUUGAGGUUGUUGAGGCAGACGAGCAAGAACAGGCAAUUGAGCUUUGGUGCAAGCGAGUGUGUGAAGUGGGUUGUGUUGUUUUUUUUCUUUCUCAUUGCCAAUAUGCAAGGUCUUGUGAGACUCGUACAAGCUCAGGGGAAAGCCCUGCCCGGGAUUGUUCUGCAGCACGUUCGUGUGGGGGGCUCGGGUUUCGGUUCUGGCUUUCAGACGCGGUGGGAGUCUGGACAGGCCAAAGCCAAGGAGGGCUUGGAGGAACACGGGUUUGAGAGCACUACCAUCUCUGAUAUCCUCAAGGAAAAGGGCCGGAACGCUGACGGCUCCUGGUUGUGGUGCAGCGUGGAUGACACAGUCUAUGAUGCAGUGAAAUCGAUGACUGCGAACAAUGUGGGGGCAUUGUUGGUGGUGAAGUCGGGAACUGAGAAAACCCUUGCCGGAAUUAUUACUGAAAGAGAUUACCUCAGAAAGAUUAUUGUACAGGGUAGAUCUUCUAAGACGACUAAAGUUGGAGACAUUAUGACCGAAGAGAACAAGCUCAUCACUGUAAGUCCGGAUACCAAGGUGCUCCGCGCCAUGGAGCUGAUGACUAAUAACCGCAUUCGGCACAUCCCUGUGGUGGAGGGCAAGGGAAUGAAGGGCAUGGUGUCCAUCGGUGACGUGGUGCGUGCAGUGGUCGAUGAGCACCGCGAGGAGCUUCAGCGCUUGAGCUCCUUUAUCCAGGGCGGUUAUUAGGGUUCGCGGCUUGGUCCGCUAGUAGAAUCAGAGUUCAGCACAGCACUGAAACGAUCUCAGCUCAGGCACGUGGAACUUGCGUAGCAAUGUAUAUAUUCAGAUCCGACUAGUUGGGGCGUAGCUACAAGCACUAAUCAGACAUGGACGUACGAAACCUUUCUUUGCAUAAUCAGUGUUGGAGCUACUUGAAACCUGAGACUUGUUCAUGAUGGAUGUUAGUUUAUGCUUCAUGACUUGUUCCUGCAAUCGGAGUUGUUGGUGCACUACUCAGUGAUGCUUUAUCGAAUUCGAUCAGCUUGGAUGUAGGAUAUAUCCAACUCUAAUUGCUUUUAGUAUAAACGUAUCCUGAGACAGAAGGUACAUGUUUCUGUUUUCUAUCCAAAAGAUCCUCUUGAAGCGUGAUUUCCACUCCCAGGGGGUGAAGCCUAACCUUCAAUGCA